AUGUCGCUGCUGAAGGUCCCCUUCCUGGUGUCCAUCAUGGGGUGCAUGCACGCCGUAAUGACCCCUCCUACGCACACCCCGCCCAAAUCCGAGCAACUCCCGCCCGCAGGAUUCGAACUCGUCGCCCCUUGGUUUCCGUAUAUACCCAAGGUGGGACAUUGGACGUCAAGAGCCAUCAUUCUAGGCCUUUCGAUCUGCGAGAUCACGACCAUUGUCGCCUCCAAACUUCCCAGCGAUACCGCGAUCCGAAUUACGGAUCUAGUGGCGUUCUCCACACCUGCGGCGGCUCUCAGCCUCGGUACCACGCCGAUCUUCCUCUGCGGAUGGGCGCUGAAUCUGGCUGGGACCCUCUUCCGCGUCGCGUGCUACCACGCACUGGGCCGGCAGUUCACCUUCGAGCUCAGCAUCCGCGAGAACCACAGACUCGUUACCACGGGCCCGUACGCCCUCGUGCGCCACCCAUCGUACACUGGGGCCAUUCUCUCGGGUAUGGGCGCGCUUCUCGCGCAUCUGUCGCGCGGGUCGUGGGUGAUGGAGUGCCUGAACCUGCAUGCGCUCGGGGUGCGGAGACGGUGGAUAUGCGUUGGCGCGGCGUCCAUUGCGGCUCUAGCCCUUGUUCCGAGGAUGAACAAAGAGGACCGCAUGUUGAAGAAGCACUUUGGAAAGGAUUGGGAGGAUUGGAAAAGCGCUGUACCAUACCGUUUAUUCCCUGGAGUCUAUUAA